UCCACUACGAAUCCUGUUACAGACAAUUCAAAUUUUGUAACGCUCUUAGGGAGGCAGGAGCCGUUAAUUAUUUAAUAAAAAGAAAUUUUUUAGAGAUUUAAUUAUGGAGGACCAUUGGAUAAAAAAACUGAAAACAGAACUUGUAGACAUGGAUACGUCGAUGCUCAAAGAAUUGUUACAGUCCAAGAUGGAAAAUGUAAAUGAAAUAAACAAAUACCAAAAUCAACAAUUCCAUGAGGAUGAAAUUAAGUUAACGGAACUAAAGUCAAACUUGGUAGCUAUAAAAGAGACACUGCAUAUGGAAACUCAAACUCUGGAGGACAAAAAUAAUAAGUUAUCAGUAGAGAAGAAUUGUUUAAAAGAGCUAGAAGAAGAGAACAAAAAACUUUUACAAGAGAUCAAACAUUUGGAAAGAAAACAUACUAAUUUGAAGUCUGUUAAACCAAAUUUGCAAGAUCAGCAAUUACUGGAGCAAGGAAGGAAAAAGAUGAAAUUGUAUAAGGAUUUAACAGGAAUACAGUGGGAUUAUGAAGCUAUGAAGCAUAACAUUCAAGGCUAUGUCUCAAAUAGAUGCGACUAUAUUCACCACUUCUGUUAUGAAACACCAGAAAAUGACAAAAAUUUAACUGAUUCACUGUGGCAUGAAAUAUAUUUGUCUACAAGCGAAGCUAAAGUCAGAGAUUAGAAUCUUUCA